UCCGCAUAGAGUUUCACUCGACUGAGAGUUGCGAUCGGCCGAUCGUCGCAUUCCUCGAAAAUCCGUUGAGCGUUGCGGUUGUUGCCUGUCUCUCCUGAGCGACGACAUAUGACGGAAGUCGCUCACCAACCUCCAGCAGUAAGAGCAACGAUUCAGUUAUGAAUUGAGCUGUGGAACGACGACGAAACUGAGAGGAAACCCACCCAGAAUACAGAUACUCGAAAUAGUGUUCCCAAGUAUCCUGUCACCUACCUAUAGACUCUAAGCGAAAGGCUAAACCACCCAACGAAACGCACCAUGAAGCGCAGCAGGUGGAGCCUAUGUGGCUCCUCCACGGCGCGCUUGCUGCUGGUCGGCGUCCUACUUUCCUGCUGUACCCCAGACGCGUUCGGCGCCCAACGCACACCCAUUAACUCCGCCGGACACGAGCUACGCGCCACCACGUUCAUGCCGGCCCUCGAGUGCUACGAUCCCUAUGGCAGACCGCAGAAAUGCCUUCCCGAGUUCAUCAAUGCCGCAUACCAACUGCAAUUCGAGUCGACCAACACCUGCGGCGAGCAGAGUGACACACACUUCUGCAUACAGAAUCCCAAUCACAAGAAUUGCGAGUUUUGCAGAUACGAAGAUCACAAUCCCUCAUUUCUGACGGACCUGCACGAUCCGCAGAAUCCAUCCUGGUGGCAAUCGGAGACCAUGUUCGAGGGGAUACAGCAUCCCAACUAUGUGAAUCUGACGCUCCACUUACGAAAAUCCUAUGACAUCACCUAUGUGCGCAUUCUGUUCCGCUCUCCUCGGCCCGAGUCCUUCACGAUCUAUAAGCGGACUUCGGAGAACGGUGCCUGGAUUCCCUACCAGUACUACAGUGCCACCUGUCGGGACACCUACUUCCUGCCCGACUCCCGGGCCAUCCGAAAGGGCGAGGGCGAGGCCCAUGCACUCUGCACCAGCGAGUACAGUGACAUUUCCCCGCUGCGCGACGGCGAGAUCGCAUUCUCCACCCUCGAGGGUCGUCCUAGUGGCAUCAAUUUCGAGCGCAGCCUGGAGCUGCAGGACUGGGUCACGGCCACCGACAUCCGCAUCACGCUGGAUCGCCUCAACACCUUCGGCGACGAGCUGUUCGGUGAUCCACAGGUGCUGAAGUCCUACUUCUAUGCCAUCAGUGACAUCGCCGUGGGUGCCAGAUGCAAGUGUAACGGACACGCCAGCAAGUGCGUCGCCAGCACGGGUAUGCACGGAGAGAGGACGCUGGUGUGCGAGUGUCGCCACAACACCGAUGGACCCGACUGUGACCGCUGUCUGCCCCUGUACAAUGACGUCAAGUGGAAGAGGGCCACCUCAACGGAAGUCAACGAGUGCAAAGCCUGCAACUGCAAUGGAUUGGCGGACAAAUGCUUCUUUGAUGCCCAUCUCUUCAACCAGACGGGUCAUGGCGGCCACUGCUUGGACUGUCGCGAGAAUCGUGAUGGACCCAACUGCGAACGCUGCAAGGAGAACUUUUACAUGCGCGAGGAUGGGUACUGUGUCAACUGUGGCUGCGACUCUAUUGGAUCCCGCUCGCUGCAGUGCAACAGCCAGGGCAAGUGCCAGUGCAAGCCGGGCGUGACGGGGGACAAAUGCGAUCGCUGCGACAACAACUACUACCAGUUCGGACCUCAUGGCUGCCAGCCCUGUGGCUGCGACGGUCGGGGUUCCCAUGAGAACACUCCAGCCUGCGAUGCGGAGAGUGGCAUCUGCUUCUGCAAGGAGAAUGUGGAGGGCAGGCGGUGCAAUGAGUGCAAGCCGGGCUUCUUCAACCUGGACAAGAUCAAUCGCUUUGGGUGCACGCCCUGCUUCUGCUACGGCCACACUUCCGAGUGCCAGACGGCACCGGGCUACUCGAUUGUCUCCGUGGCCUCCAACUUCAACAAGUUCAAGGAGCGCUGGACGGCCAUCGAUCUGAACCGGCGCGAGGUGGACAUCAAGUACAACCAGUACAGCCGCAGCAUCGGGACCACCGCCCAGGGCAACGAAUUCGUCUACUUCCAGGCCCCUGAUCGCUUCCUGGGGGAUCAACGUGCUUCAUACAACCGCGACCUCAAGUUCAAGCUGCAGCUGGUGGGUCAGGUGGGGCCGAGCACCAGCGCCAACGACGUGAUCCUGGAGGGCGCUGGCAGCAGGAUCUCGCUGCCCAUCUUCGCCCAGGGCAACGGCAUCCCCGACCAAAAUGUGAAGGAGUACACGUUCCGUCUGCACGAGCACCACGAUUACCAGUGGCAGCCAAGUCAGUCGGCCAGGGGCUUCCUCUCCAUCCUCUCCAAUCUGACGGCCAUCAAGAUCCGUGCCACCUACUCGGUCCAGGGCGAGGCCAUUCUCGACGAUGUGGAGCUGCACACGGCGCAUCGCGGUGCAGCCGGACACCCGGCCACCUGGAUCGAGCAGUGUACCUGUCCCGAGGGCUAUCUGGGCCAGUUCUGCGAGUCCUGCGCUCCCGGCUACCGCCAUAGCCCGGCCCGAGGUGGACCCUUCAUGCCGUGCAUCCCCUGUGACUGCCACGGACAUGCCGACAUCUGCGACUCGGAGACCGGUCGCUGCAUCUGCCAGCACAACACCUUCGGCGACAACUGCGACCAGUGUGCCAAGGGCUUUUACGGAGUCGCCCUGGGCGGAACUCCCUACGACUGCAAGCGCUGUCCCUGUCCCAAUGAUGGGGCCUGUCUGCAAAUCAACGGCGACACGGUCAUCUGCACGGAGUGUCCAGUGGGAUACUUUGGCUCCCGAUGCGAGCAGUGCAGCGACGGCUUCUUCGGAGACCCCACCGGUCUCCUGGGCACCGUGCAGACCUGCACGGGCUGCGACUGCAACGGAAACGUGGAUCCUAAUGCGGUGGGUAACUGCAACCGCACCACGGGCGAGUGCCUGAAGUGCAUCCACAAUACGGCCGGAGAGCACUGCGACCAGUGCCUGCCCGGGCACUUUGGUGACCCGCUGUCCCUGCCCCACGGCAAGUGCGACCGCUGCAGCUGCUACGAGGCCGGCACGGAGCAGGACGAGCAGAGCAUUUCGCGUUGCGACCAGGUUACCGGCCAGUGCCAGUGCAAGCCCAACGUCAUCGGCCGCGACUGUGGCGAGUGCCAGCCGGGAUACUUCAACAUACGUUCCGGGAACGGGUGCGAAAACUGCCUGUGCGACCCCGUGGGCAGCUUCAACUCCACCUGCGACCGAUACUCGGGCCAGUGCCACUGCAAGCCGGGCGUAGUGGGUCUGCGAUGUGACCAGUGCGCCAACUACUUCUACGGCUUCUCCUCGGAAGGCUGCAAGCCGUGCGAGUGCGACGAGAGCGGCUCCAAGGGCUUCCAGUGCGACCAGAGCGGACAGUGUCCUUGCAAUGACAACGUGGAGGGACGUCGCUGCGACCGCUGCAAAGAGAACAAGUACGAUCGCCAUCGCGGCUGCAUCGACUGUCCGGACUGCUACAACCUGGUGCAGGACGCCGCCAAUCUGCAUCGCGCUAAGCUGGCAAACUUGAGCUCCACCCUGGACGAGAUUGCUCGCACGCCGGUGACCAAUGACGAGGAGUUCGAGGCCAAGCUGCGGGCGGUGCAGGAGAAGGUUGCCCUGCUGUCCCAGGACGCCCGCGACAAUGUCGGCGAAGGCGGCCAGACCUAUGCAGAGGUCAUCGAUGACCUCCACAAGCGGCUGGACAGCGUGCGGGAACAUCUGCAAAGUGCAGACAAACUGCAAGAGGAUGCCAACGUUGAGAUAGACAAGGCCCGCAAGAACUACACGAUUCUUCACGAUAUUACCGAGAAUGCAAAGAGAGAGCUGCAGCAGGCCCUCGAUCUACUCAACGAUGAGGGUACCCAGGCAUUGGCCAAGGCCAAGGACAAGUCCGUGGAGUUCGGCCAGCAGUCGCAGCAGAUUUCGGACAUUUCACGCGAGGCACGCGCCCUGGCCGACAAACUGGAGUCGGAGGCGCAGUUUGACCUGAAGAACGCCAAGGACGCCAUGGAUGCCGUGGAAAAGGCCCACCUUUUGGCCAAGAAUGCCAUCGAUCUGCAGCAAAAGAUUAGUGUGGAGCUACGCUCCGAAGUUCGGCUCGAACUGGACCAGGUCAAGCAGUCUCUGGGUGCCGUGGCUCAGACCUCCAAGGAGGCGCUGCGCAAGGCCAACGAGGUCUACGAUACAGCUCUUACCCUCCUUAACGACGUGAACAGGCAGUCACAGCCGAACAUUGACAUCAACCAGCUGAAGCGGGACGCCGUGGCAGCCAACGAGCGCGCCGAUCUUCUCCUCAAGCAGAUCAACGAGCUGUCGAACAGCAACGGCGAGGUCUUUGCCGACUUCGAAGAGGAACGCACCCUGGCUGAGGUUCUGCUGGAGCGAGCUGACAAACAGAAACAAGACGACAUUGAGCUGCUGAAUCGCGCCAAGACUGCCCACGACAAGGCCACAAAGGCAGUGGAGCAGGGUGACAACACACUGAAGGAGGCAAACAACACCUACAAUACGCUGGCCGGGUUCCAGUCGGAUGUCCAGCGGUCAUCCGAGAGUGCUGCCCAGGCACUGCAAACAGUUCCAAACAUCGAGCUGGAGAUACAGAACGCCGAAAGCCUCAUCAGUCAGGCGGGCGAGGCUUUAGACGGAGCCAACAAGAAUGCCAACGAGGCCAAAAAGAAUGCCCAGGAGGCGCAGAAGAAGUAUGCCGAGCAGGCCUCAAAGGAUGCAGAGCUGAUUCGCCGCAAGGCAAACGAGACGAAGGUGGCUGCCAGGAACUUGCGCGAUGAGGCCGAUCAGCUGAACCAUCGCGUAAAGCUGACCGAGAUGGACAUCUUCAAGCUGGAAGAAAGCUCCACCAAAGACGACAAUCUCGUGGAUGAUGCCAAGCGAAAGGUGGGCCAGGCCAAGGCCGACACACAGGAGGCGCAGAAGCAGAUCGAGAAGGCCAACGCCGAGCUGACGGCAAUCAAGGAUGAGUUGGAGAAUCUGAAGGACAUCAAUACAGCUGAUUUGGAUAAAUUGGAGAAUCGGUUGACUAUUGUCGAGGGCGAGAUCAAUCGCGUGAACCUCACGGGACGCAUUGAAAAGUACCGGGAGCAGCGCACCAUACAGAAAAAUCUGAUCGACAAGUACGGCUCCGAGCUGAAGGAGCUGAUGAAGGAGGUCGAUAACAUUGGUCAAAUAUCGAAGGCACUACCCAACAAGUGCUUUAGUCGCAAUCGUCUGGAGCCCUAGACGAGGAGCUAGAACUAGACCCACUCCCAAUAACAACUACUUCAAUUAACCCUAAGAACGAGGAGGAGUCGAACGAGACGAACAAAUCAGAUUUAUGAUAGAACGUAGUCGUUGCAUGAAAUUAUGUAAUUUUAGUGCCUUAGACGAAAUAUUUUGAUUAGUGACAAGACAAGGUUCCACAAAAGAGAUCAACUAACCCACGUUAAGCUUUAACGCAUCAUGCCAUAUACUAUAAUGCAAUCGAAUGAUGCCACUGUCGAGAAACAACUGCCAGCUGUGCUUCACCACGUACCGCGUUCAAGCCAGCCAUGGAUGGAAUGGGCUGACUGUAUUAUAUAUUAAAGAAAGGAAAAGCACAGAUACAAAUAGAAAAAAAGGAAAUACGAAAACCUUGUACUCCAAUCAGAUAAUCCAAUUGCAUUUCUCUAUCUCAGCCUUUGUUCCAGCCUGAAAUCUAUUCUGUAUACUUUUAAUAUACUUAUAUUAACAUAUUUGUCAUCUACGUUUAAUGUGCCAAUUGCAACAUGUGUCUUUGUGUAUAAGUUGCCUAAAGAUUUCACUUCAAAAUAUAACUUUUCCAACGUUGUAAUUUUGUAUAAACCAAA